CUGCUAAUAGCCUUUGUGUGAAGGCGGGGAGCUGUUGGUUCGGCUAGUUUGCUGGUUAGCAACAAACAGAAGGUUACGAGUUUAAAAAUGUGGAUUUUUUGACCACUAAACUGGCUUUGCGGGAACGAUAGGGGAGCUAACUAUGUCGGGUUGCCUAACUGGAGCUUGUUGACUUGUUCUGGAGUGGAACUCAAGGCGAUUUGGGACGUUUCGGUGCGUUCAGGGUGACAGCCUCGCUUUUCGGGUCGUUAAGUGGCGAUGCUUAGCUGAUAGCUGCGUCAUCAUGUUGCUUCCGACUCGAGUUAACGAAAAGAAAUCCCAAGUGAACGCCAGAGGUGAGGCUGCCCGCCGUCAUCCCGCUGCGGAGGCCACUGCCGACCUUUGAACUCCAUGGAAGACGGACUGUCGGCGAGUGGUUGGCGGUGAACGGUGUUUACGUGGACGUUGUUUUGACUUUACAUCACUUGGCUCCGGAUAGUUGGCGCAAUUGUUCCUCCGGCUCUAAUUAACCACACUAGUUGGACGGACUGUCAAAGGUUAUUAUGGAGGCGAAAAAUAACUGGAAAAGGUCGACAUUUUUGUUCCAAGCAGGGGUGUUGCUCACUGAGAGACGUUGAGAUGUUUGUCAUGCUUGUUUUAAAGUGAGAAGUGAUGCUCUCAUGACUGCUACGAUAGAAACCGGGCUGCUGAUUCCUAUCUGGCUUUCUUGAUUUUGGUCCGAACUUGCUUUUCGAUAUCGUUAAAUAAAUAGCACUGAAUUAUUUUGAUUAGAUUUAACUUAAGGGAGGCGUUUUGGAGGUUUUGUUUGGGCUGCUGUCACUACUACACCCACGUGGACUUUACUUCCAGUCGGUGAGUUAAACUUUGAGCCUCCGACUGGGGUUCAGGAGCGACCAAAAGGGUGUUUUUAUUUUAUUUUAUUUUAUUUUAUUUCUUCUACGGGACCUAAAACCGGUUGAAAUGUCCGGUGACUGUACCCACAUGAACGCUCACUUCCCCGCCGCAGAGGUCUUUAGUCUGUCCAAAGCCGGUCCGGAUGGAGACAGCGUUGUCAUGGAGCCCGUGGGGAGCUCGAGUGGGCUUGGAUCCCCCGCGCGGUUGUCGGCCAACUUUGAGGUGAUCGACGGGGUUCUGUACCGCAAGAAGCUGGAGAAGGGCUUCAUAAACUACCGGGAGGUUCUGGGUGAUGACCGCAGACACGAGGCCAUCUCCACCUUCCACCAGCGGCGGCCGGGCCAGCGGCACCUCUCCCUGGAAGAAACCUACAAAUGUGUGGCAGACAACUACUGGUGGGAGGGAAUGUACUUCCAGAUCAGAGACUUUGUCCUCUGCUGUCCGCGGUGUCAGAGUCAGCACAGGAAGAAACUAGAGCAGCUGAAGGGCAGGAGAUGUGUGACAAAGAUGAUCGCGAGCCAUGGCACUGAUGUGCUGAGCAAGCUGAGGAGUCAGCGGGAGGCGGGGCUUUUCUGUGACAUCACCCUGCGGACUAACGGACGCUCCUUCUCAGCUCACAGGGCCGUUCUGGCGGCCGUCAGUGACCACUUUCAGGAAAUAUUCACAGAAAUGGAUUCGAGCAAUAAAGCAGACAUUGAUCUCACUGGUUUUAACGAGGACGGUCUUCUGUCCCUGCUGGACUUCUCCUACUCCUCCACUCUGUCCGUUCGUCAGGAGGACUUGCCGGAAGUGUGCGCCAUGGCUCGCCACCUGGGCAUGUGGCCCGCAGUGGAGGCCUGCUGCGCCCUCCUUAAAGAGCAGGAACGGCAGCUCCACCCAGGCAAAGCCUUCAUCUCUGCUUUGGGACUGGACAACAUGAACGACAGCCUCCGCCUAACGCUGGACGAGUCGUUACAUGAAAGUCCCAAACGCAGUCUGCGUAGAAUGCCAAAAACUGACGGCCACAAUGGCUUUCCUCAGAGUCCCGUGCACAGGAUGAAGCUCAUGGACUUUAAAUCUCCCUCCUCCAAAAAGGCUGCUAUACCCCGUCACGCCUCCUCCCAGUCACACAGUUACUCCCCCAUAUCCCCGUCAAACACCCGUCUUCUCCGCUCCUCUCCCGGAGCUUCAAAGCAGGUUCAGAAACUUUUCCCCGUCCCAGAGACCCCCCGGAAGAAGAGAAAACCUCACUCCAUCACUCAGCUGUCACGCACGUCCAGGCUCAGACCCAACACUGCCUGUAGUCCUGUGAGGGUUAAGCAGGAAGGGGAGGAGGUUGGAGAGGAUGAGGAGGAUUAUGCAAGAGCACAGGAGAAGUACAAACUCAUGAACGUGCUGGGGCUGCAGCGGACCGCCCUCCUCCCCAGACCAGAGGACCUGAUUGGCUGGAGACAAAAGAAACGACUGCGGAAGUUGAAGGCCAACAACUAUUCACUAACCAAGAGGCGGAAGCCCCGAUUGUCCUCCCCAGUGCUGUCAUACAGUGACAUACCUUUGUCAAUUCCACUCUGCAACCCAGUUAACACCAGACUCCUUAAAAAGUCUGUCAAGUCCAAGCCUGUGGGCUCCGUGGAGCAGAUAGCUGCCAAGAGGAGGAAGAGUGUCCAGCCUCGUGUUCCUCCCUCAGACAGGAGCAUGAGGAGUAAAGGGGUGUUGCCAGACCUGUUCCAGCGACCCUCCUUUGGGGGGAGGGAGCUCAGACAGUCGGUGAGGAAGGGCGAUGGUGGCCGCUCUCGGGCCCAGCAGCCUCUCCGUCGAAAAGCCAAGCAGCCCCCGGUGAGAAACACCAUCAGGAUCAAAACGGAGCCAGCCGAGUGCUCCGUCUCAAGCCUUAGGCCCUCGCCACAGCACCACGGAGGAUACACGCCUCUCAGAUCCUCGCCGAAGACCCGGGCCAAGACUGCGGCAGCGAGAGAAACCGUUAAAACUCUGCGUUAUAACAGCAGCCGAAUGGUGACAAAAAGCAGACGAGGCUCCGCAAAAGACACGGGCAAGAUGAAGGUCAAGUCCAGGGAGAAGGCGGGAAUCCAGAGCCCCAAGGGCACCGUGGGGGUGGAAACAAAAAUCAAGGACGCUGAAGUGAACGGGCUCCAGUUUUCUGAGCAUUUGCCUCAGCCGUCCUUUUACAGCCACCCCAUGUACAAAGCCAUUAAAGAGGAGCCGGCAGAGCCGGUGCCAGUUGCCGGGCCGUUCCCCGAUCCUCCUUCCCCGGACUUGGGCAAACGCCAGAGCAAGCCCCCCAUCAAACUGCUGGACUCCGGCUUUCUGUUCAGCUUCUGCCGGCCAACGGGGGGGCCCAUGUCGGCGCUGAAGAAAGAGGAGGAGAGUGUGGACAUUUGCUUAACGCGCUCAGUGUCGCAAGUUGGGGAGAAAUUCAAGGCAGAGGAGUCUCCCUACAGGAAUCUAAGAGCCAGGAGGAGGCCUGUCCUGCCUGUGGUGAAGAGGGAGAGGGAGGAGAGGACGCUGACCCAAAGCCAGGCCCGAAGACACGCAUCCAAAUCUCCAAAGACCACCUUAAAUCUGGCCCACUGUUCCAGGUCACAGGCUGCACGGACAAUGACAAAGCAGCCGUCUCGGCUCACAGAUGUGGGUGGCCGGAGCUGCUCCGUGCUGGAUUCCGUUCGUCGAGCUCGCCUAAAGCAGCUUCGGGGGCCUCGCAGUCAAGCCCCCAAAGCUCCAAAGACGGCCCACGCCUGUCUGCAGUGCUCGGCUGACUACAAAGACUGUGUGGCUCUAAUUAUGCAUCGCCUCAGGCACAUCGAAGGGAAGCACUGGCCGUGUCCGCUCUGCAGCAAGACGUUCUUCCGACUGAGAAACGUCCGUAAUCACAUCCGCACCCACAAACCCAAGCUGUAUAAAUGCCGCAGCUGCAUCGCUGCCGGUUCUUGAGGCGGCUGCCGGAGGACGGAUGCAGAGGAUGAAGGCCGCUGGCGUCUCGCCGCCAGAGAAAAGCCUGAAGGACCAGGACGGAUCUGCAGCUUCUCCGAAUCCUCCCACGCGAAGCACAGCGGUCUGUGGGGAGGCGGCUCUCCUCUCCGUCCCGAUAAAUGAAACGUCUGGGGUUUCAUUUGAUUUUCUAAGUUAAAUACCGAACCAAAAUUGCUGUCCCUGUUUGCUUUUCAAUAAAUAACAACAGGUGAAACUUGAACAUUUACACUCAGGGGCGGGGAAUGCGACGCCACAGCAUAGAAAGAUUUUAACGUCACACUUGUGUACAAAAUAAAGUGUAAAGCGAUUGUUACAGCUGUCCCCGCUAUCCAUGGUUACCUUUAUUUUUCUAUGUAUAGACGAUUGUCGAGUGCACUUAUUGUAGCUUGGUGUAAACCUAAGAGGCGGUGAUGAAACUGAAGGUUUUGGGGAGGGGGUCGGACGGUGAAAUACUUGAAGUGAUGCAAGCGCUGGAGCCUUUCCUCUGAGUGUCUCAGUCAGUCUUUGUCCUUCGGUGUGUUAACCUCUAAGCAACUCGUCCUUUUGUAUUGGUCUUACUACUCUCAGCCAGUCCAGGAGUCGGGGUUUAAACGUCACGGGGAGGGGGGCAGGAUGGCGACACCACUGCAUGCACAUUUUACAGAUCAUUUCUAGGCCACUGAUUUUCUAAGGCUGGCUGUUUUAAAAAGGGAAACGUUUGGUUUUAAUGUGAAUUUCUUAAAGUUAUUGACUGCAGAUGUUUUCCUUAACACCUUUGCUCUACUUAAAAAGUUCUACUGAGUAAAUGCAAUGUGCACAUACAGAGAUGUUUAUGUAUCAUGAAUUGAUUUUAGAAAUAAAUGAGCUGUCUCUUGCUAUCUGUUGAAAAGAAAUAAAUACAUUUUGCCUUUUA